AUGGUGGCCGGCGAUCUAGGUGAGCUCAGCCUGUCCAACAAGGUGGUGUUCCGCGGCGUGCCGGAGCAAUGCAGCGCUGAGGAUGUGUCGACAUUGUUGCAGAAGUAUGGGCCUCUCGAGUGUGUUUGCUAUGAGAAAGGAGCUGGAAGUGGCACUGCAGAGUUCUUGUUCUGUGGAUCUGCGGAACGCGUAGAGGCAGAGUCCAGCAGGCCAGACUCACCGCUUCAGUUGGGAGGCAGCCAGGUUCAUGUUCGGCGGGGCGCUCCGCGGUGGCCAGGAAGCACGGACACAGGUGCCUUCCAACAAGUCCUUGUAAAGCCAAAGCCGAAGACACAGCCGCUGGACGUCGUCAUCGUCCGCGGCCAGAGUUCAGCGUCCGGCAUCGGUUUAACUGCAGAGCUGGCGAAGACGAAAACGACCACACUAGUGAUUUGGGACCGGCAUCACAAGCCCAAAGAUGAGCCCAAGGUGUCCACAUUGCAGAAGAAAGUUUACACAGAGGUGUUCGCAGAGCAGGAGCCAGAUAAGGAAGUCAUGAAAAAGGCUGGCGAUUUUUUCUCGGCCGGAGUUCCAAAAUGUGCGUUGGUGCACCUGGCUGAGGAGCAGUAUAUAGUCGAAGCUGCAGUGGAGCGGCCAUUGUCACAGGUCAAUGAUCUCAUGGAUGCCUGUCGGCACAACCACCUUGAGACGAUUGCCGGGUUCAAUGCUUUCAAGGUUUAUAAGCCAUGGCUGCAUGCAAAUCGUGCUUGCACCUUCAUCCUGAUUCCACCAAAGCUCUGCCAUGAGUGGGAUGAUGAUAUUGCUACCUGCACUGUUGGGCCAAGACGAAUAGUGCGUGCUGACCCAGCGAGGCUGUUCGAUGGGUCUGGUUGGACCAUGGGCCUUCAGAUGGUCCACUCAUCGGCUGGUGUCAAUGCUGUUCUGGCUGCCAGCACAGUCCAGGAUUUGGUGACAGCUGAUGACGCGAUGAAGACCGCUUUCGAUUGUUGA